GUUUAAAUAAGCAGACGAGAAAAACGAAAAACAUAUUUCAGUUAACCUGUUAACUAUAAUUUAGUCAGUCAUAAUGGAUGCUGAUCAACAAGAAGCGAUAUUGAAGAAGAAGUUGCAGUCAUUCCUUUCCGAGAUGUUGAAGUUGGGCACAGUGAAAGGUUUUCGAUAUUUCGCCACAUAUAUGCGAGGCCGAGAAGAAAUGGUCAUUAGCAUAUUGAACUCACCCCAGAGUACAAGUGACCAGUUCAUGGACAGUGGACCCAGCAGUCCAGUGUUGAAAGAACACAGAAAAAGUGAAAGCUUCACUUCACAGAAGUUACCUUAUGAUAAACGCUCUCUGUUGCUGUCACGGAAAACUCAGAUGAUUCUCAGUGGAUACGGUGAAGGAGGUGUCGCCUUGCUUCCUGCUUCUCCAAGUGACCACGAGGAUGACAUGAAGAGUGACCAGUCAACGUUGUUUCUGAUCGCUGGUUACGCCCGGUACAACUGUCCAUACGUUUGGGUGAGAUCAAACCACGACCGACUCUUCAGGUUAACCGGGGAGAAACUGGAGAGAGAUUCGCCUCUCAGACUCAAGUCUACUAUCAAGUGGAAAGACCAAGACAUCAACGUGUGGGAUCUGAUUGCUGAACUGGUCAAACUGAGCACGUAUCCGGCUCCUAGGAACCCGUUUGAAAUUGACCUUGAGUUUUUCUCCAUGCUGCCCGUGUCGGAACAGGUCCUCUCCACCGCGGCCAUGGCGAACUGCCUGCAGAAAAUAAUGCUACACACUCCCGACGACAAACCCUUCGCUGGCAAAGUGUUUGAAGAUCUGCAGCUAGUAGUCAAAUGUCACUUUGCUGCUCUUCAGAAACUAGCAAAGCAGGGUCUCCCAGUGUUAGAACAGUAUCAACAGCAGCAGCAACAACGGCAACAGCAACAGCAACAGCAGCAGCACAUGCCGGGUCAGAGACGACAGCGCUACUCAGGUUCAGGGUCAUCUCACGAGGCCCCCGGCAGUCAGUAUGAUCAGCAAGUAACAGGCUAUGGAGGGUACAUGGCAACCGCUGCUCCUAGUCGAUUUUGAGUAGAAGGAAAGAAAAGAAAGAAAGAAGAAAAAAAGAAAUUAAGAAAUAAGGAAAACCAAGAAAAAAGGGUACACGAUCACAUCUGUUCCUAGUUAAUUUUGAGUCAAAAGAAAGAGCAAAAGAAAUUUUUAAAAAAAGAAGAAAUGUAGAGAAAAAAAGGGAAAAGGGAACAUGGUCACAUUUUCUCCUAGUAGAUUUAAGUAGAAAAAGAUAGAAA